GGAAGAGGAAUGCUCCGCCCUGGAGAGCGACGAGGCCGCUGCGCGGGAGCGCCAUCAGGCCUGGUGGAGCACUGGCGGUUUAGGUUUCAUAUGGACUAAAGAUUCAUUGACUACUAUAAUGGAAAAAUCAUGGAUGCUUUGGACUGUCAUUGAAAAAUGGCUACUUGCCUUGGUGUCAUGGUCCUGGGGUCUCUGCCGUAUUUCUCUCUUAUCUUUAAUAAUAACGUUUCAUUUGUAUGGAGGCGUGAUUUUACCUCUGUUAAUAUUUGUAUCUAUCGCAGGUAUAUUAUAUAAAUUUCAGGAUGUAUUGCUUUAUUUCCCAGAACAGCCCUCUUCAUCACGGCUUUAUGUUCCUAUGCCUUCUGGCAUCCUGCAUGAAAAUAUUUUCAUCAGAACCAAAGAUGGUGUGUUGCUCAAUCUAAUACUUCUCCGAUUUACAGGGGACAACUCCUCAUACUCUCCUACUAUCAUUUACUUUCAUGGGAAUGCAGGAAACAUUGGUCACAGACUACCAAAUGCUUUGUUGAUGCUAGUGAACCUGAAAGUAAACUUAUUGCUGGUUGACUAUAGAGGCUAUGGAAAAAGUGAAGGAGAAGCUAGCGAAGAUGGUAUCUAUUUAGAUUCUGAAGCUGUUCUAGACUAUGUGAUGACUAGAUCUGAUCUUGAUAAGACAAAAAUUUUUCUCUUUGGCCGUUCUUUGGGGGGAGCAGCUGUUAUUCAUCUAGCGACUGAAAACUCCCAUAGGAUUUCUGCCAUCAUGUUGGAGAACACGUUCCUUAGCAUCCCGCAUAUGGCUAGCACUCUGUUCUCUUUCUUCCCAAUGAGGUAUCUUCCUUUAUGGUGCUAUAAAAACAAGUUCCUGUCCUAUAGGAAAAUAUGUCAUUGCAGAAUGCCUUCACUUUUUAUCUCUGGGCUGUCUGACCAGUUGAUUCCUCCAGUUAUGAUGAAGCAGCUUUAUGAACUUUCCCCUGCUCGGACUAAAAGAUUGGCAAUAUUUCCUGAUGGAACUCAUAAUGACACUUGGCAAUGCCAAGGCUACUUCAGUGCGCUUGAACAGUUCAUCAAAGAAGUGAUAAAGAGUCACUCCCCUGAAGGAAUGGCAAAAAUGUCAUCAAAUGUAACAAUAAUAUAACUAUAAUUCCAAUCUGUCAUUCUGAUACAAUUGCAUUGUACCUGGAUUUAUGGAAAGUUAUAAAGAAUUACCUUUUUUUAAAAAAGUGUUCUGUCUGUACUUAUCUAAAGACUGAAAUUAAACAUGGAGAAAUAUACUAACUUAUGAUCCAGAUAGUUUUUACACCGAACCCUAUAAAUGAACAAAUGGUUCUACUUAUUUCUAUGAAGUUAGCUUUAAUUCCAUUUCUUAGAUAAAGAUACAUUAAAAUGUGUCGCUAAAUUUUAUGUUACCCUGGUUUUAAUAGAAGAUUGGUUAAGUGUGUUUUGGCUCCACAGAUAAACAUGGUUAGCAAAUUAUUUUGCAGCUAGAUAAUGUGUGAUAAAUCCAUGCAUUUAGUGCAUGACUCAGACCUUGUACUGAAUUUUCUAAAUAGCACUAAUAGAAAUACACGCAAUUCGGUAUGUGGCACAGCUGCAUUACACUGCUUCAUACAGCCACAUUUUGCAUUGGAAACAAAUGGGAAAAGAUGCAUUUAAAGUUGAUAUCAGGGUUGCUUUGAUAUUGCUAUAUAAUAACAAAAUGGACAUUAGUGUGCAAGAUUAAACCUCCCAGAGCUUCGGCUAUGGGGUGGUAUAUAAAUUUAAUAAAUAAAUAAAUAAUAAAUUAACUUCUACAUGCUUAUUAGUUGUGCCAAUCCUAAUAGUCCAAUUGAAAUAUUGUUCUAUACUGGAAAGGCAAGAUAAUUAGGAGCAGUUGGAGUACAUAGAAACUUAAUCAAAACUACAAAUACUCAGUUUUUUGGCCCGAAGGAAGUUCCAUCAAACUUGAGGGACUUUGCUGAAGUAAAUACACUUAAGGUUGAGCUGCAAGAGUGCCAAAGUAAAUGGGGAAGUCAAGAGUAUUAAAAAACAGAGUUUGAUCUCGAGUAUACUUUUAUAAAAUACCAUUAUCUGCUGUAGCAGGUGUUAUCUAGUGUUUGCGAGGGAUUUCCCUUUUUCUUUUACAAACUAUGCAUAUAUUAUAAAAAUACCUUUUCUUUUUCAAGAAAAAGAAUGCUGUACCCGCUUAUACUGCUUCAGAAUCUUACAGAGUCUUAUUUCCAUCGCAUCUUUAGGGCCUACAGGGAAAAAAUAAUUUUAAAACUGUUCUUCCUGAAAUGGUGCUGCUAACAUCUUGUUUGGAGGGAGCCAAAAUGCAUGUAUUAUUUAGGAAACGGGUGGGGGGUGAUAAUUAUAAUGAAUAUUGAAUGCAGAUACCUUUCUGGUUUUUCUGAUUUUCUUUUUGUCUCUUCUUUAGGAGGAUUCCCUCACUGUCUUACCCCCAACUUUGUUCACCACCCUGUAAAUAUUUAAUACAUUGCAUAGAAAUUGCAAAAAAUAUCAUAUAAACACUUGAUAUAUUUCAGUAGCUGUGGAAAAGUACAAAUGCUAUCUUCUUUUGUAAUUCUGUUUAACCUUCAUCUAUUUUGGGAACAUGCCUCAAAUGUUUACGGAAAAUAAAAUAACACUGUUGGCAAGGCAUCAGCUCUGCUAAUUCAGUCAUGCCAAGUUUGAGGACAAUGCAGGAAUGUUACAAUUGCUCACCAGAUACAAAUGUUCUAGAUUGGACUGUUAUUGGCAUAAUUAUUUUAGAAGACGUAUUAGUGCAGUUCAUUGUAAAUACAGCCUCUUUCAAAUUUUUACGCUAUGUGUAUUUUGAGUUAUAUAUGCUUGGGGAACAUCAGAGUUUAGAAAAAUACAGUUUGUCAUAUUUUUUUCAUACCAUAACUUCUGUGGGACAGUAAAGUAGUUGAACCUAUAACAUCAAACUUUGCUUAUAAAAGUCAUGGUACUUCCUAGCAAGGUGUUAUGUUGGGAAUGGUCUGGUUUUUGAAUUCUUCUGUUCCCAAGUAUCAUUAUCAGCCUGAAGCUCAUGCUUCCAAGUAAGUAUGCAGGACUAAAGUCUCAUACAUGCAAUUCCUGUUUAUUUUUGCAGUGAGAAUUGUAUAAGAACUGUGCUGGAAGGAUUGGGAUCCUCAUAGUAUUGAAGUUAUGAAGUUCUUCCAUCUCAUUUUUUGUUUCCCAAAACAUUUAACUCAGAAGGCCAUAGGAAUAGAUUAGGGAAUUGUACAAUCAAUGGAAAGUUGCCUAAGCUUCCAGAUGUACAAUUUCUGUAGUUUAAAAAUUAAGGCUGAUUUAACAAAAAUGUUUCAUGUAUAUUGGACACUACAGAGGUUGGUUAAGAAAAAACUGACUAGCUCUACUGAUGAUGUAAUGUGGAUAAUGUGUCACUGAGGUAUAUGAUGCCCUGUGGUGCCUUAUUUCUGGUUGGAAGUUAGUUCCUGCAUAAAUUUUGUUCCUGAAAAAACCCUGUGAUAAUAGCAGAUUCUCAUGCAUUAUAUCUUUGCAAUGUGGGGUUAACAGCACAUCUGGACUCUGAAAGCAUUAGCAUUUGGAAAGAGACUUUACUCCAAGUCUGAAAGGAUAAACAUUCGCUAUCUAUAUUCAGUGGACUGAAGAUCUUGCUGCUCUUGUUGCAUUUGAAUCUAUAUCUUAACUUUGUCAAUUUUAUUUAGACAAAUAUUCUGCUUAUAUUAACGUAUAUAUUUGAAACAGAAAUGUCAAGUCAUUUUUUUUAACCACUGGAGUAGUAAAUAGUUGUUUGUUAUGUUCCUGCUAUUAGUGUUGUUCGUAAUUACCCCUGUUUUGUUUUCUUAUAA